AUGCUGUCCUCCCAGCUGCUUCAGAUCCUUGCUAUAACAGCUGCUUUGCUGGUAGAAGCUCAUGCGCAGAUAACUUGUCCAGGAGCAAAGGGCAAUCCCGGCAUCCAAGGACCUGCUGGUCCACCAGGUCCCCAAGGACCUCCUGGGAGAAAUGGUCCUCCUGGCCCUCAAGGACCAAAGGGCAAUCAAGGUGUCAGAGGAGCUGCUGGUCCACCAGGUGUGCCUGCCAGCAAGGAUCCUAAGCUACAAAACGACAUCAAAGAACUUCAACACAGAAUUGCCAGAAUGGAAAGAGCUUUGACCUUGGAUGGAAAGAUGGCAAUUGCUGGAAAUAAGCUGUUCACCUCAAAUGGGAAGGCAUCUGUAUAUGAGAAAACAAAAGUGACUUGCCAAGAAGCCCAUGGCUCCAUUGCAGCACCAAGGAACCUAAAUGAGAACAAAGCUAUUCAGAAGAUUGUGCAAUAUUAUAACAGUUAUGCCUAUCUGGGUGUUAUUGAGAGCAAUGAGCCAGGGAAAUUCAAUUUCUGGAAUGGGGAUCCUUUGAAUUUUACCAACUGGUACAAGAAUGAACCUUCAGGUCAAGGAACUGAAAAAUGCGUGGAAAUUUACAGCGAUGGCACUUGGAAUGACAAAAUGUGCAACAAUUACCGCCUUGUGGUCUGUGAAUUUUAAGCCCAAUCCAAGGCAACCAUUGAAUGUUCCUUAAAAGAUAACUCAAUGUGAUUCUUCUGUCAAACCCCCCCCCCCCC